AUGAGUAUUAGAACAGCAUUUCAAAUUUACACUCCAGAAGUUAAAUCUGGAAUAUGUAAGGAGAAUAAAGACACAAUCGCCAGCUUCAACUCAAAAAGCAGAAAACCUGAGUUUACUUUUAAACAAGCGCAUUUAGGGCCCUCGCCUUCAUUACCUCCACCACCACCGCCGCCGCCGCCGACGAGGGAAUCCUCAGUUGCUCCUGAUGAAACUGAACCGCCUUUCAAGAUCAUAAAAGAUAGCGUCAUUCCUCGUGGAUUGCCUGAGCUAAGGAGGUCUAGUGUACUGGCGCCAGAUACGAGCUUUCUCGAGAGCAGCGCGAUUAGAGAGACGCUCCCACGAACUAAGAAACUACAGACUCAACGCGGGCCUAUAGCAGAAGUUCAAAUUGCAAUUCCAAGUAGACAGCUUGUGAGUGGCACAAACAGCAUUAGACCCCUCUCUGAAUUCUUCAAGAGUGCCAAGAGAGAUGAUAACAGUCUGCUGGACAAACUUGAUCAGCAUGAGCAUGAUGCUGCCGUCGCACUAAUGGUACUAAAAGAUUGUAGUGCUCACGUAACGAACAUGACAAAGCAUUGGUCACAGCCUCUGUGCAAAAUUUCCUUAUGUGACUUUAUUGUUGCCCAAAAAAAGUGCCAGACAAUGCUUGAGAACAUUGAAACCUUGAAGGAUGCGAAGAUUCAGGCUCGCGAAACAACGGCUGUGGAAGAUGGUUGCGAUAAUCAUGCCUUAAUGGUAGAUUUAAUCUUGAAGAAAAGAAAUAGCUUCGACCUCUAUAAGGCUCGAUCAAAAGUGGUGUCAUCACGCUCUUCUUCGAUCGUUUCCAUAGUCAAUGCAAUGCAAAAAGACGGUGACAAAGAAUGCCGGCACCAAAGCAGCUCAACAGAUAGGACCUUGACCAAGUCUCCGAUACCAUCUAAUAGCGAAACUCCGAGACUCGCAUCAGAUCCUUACGUAUUGCAAUCAGCGGGGUCGUUUGUGUUUGAUCGCGAAGGGAAUGGAUCAAGAGAAUUCACUAUGCAGAGUCCAGAAGAUGGAAAAAGGCAUAUGGGUAAAAUUGGAAAGACUUCAAAAUCUGGCAAAAAUAGGAACACUCAUAUGAAAUGCUUACAUUGUGCCGCGACGGAUACGCCAGAGUGGAGGAAGGGUCCAGUAGGUCCCACGACUCUUUGCAAUGCAUGCGGACUAUUCUUCAAGAAACUGGUGAAGAAAUUUGGUCCGGAGACUGCCAGUGUAAUAAUGAAGUCGCGACAGGAUGAGAAUCCGCAGGAUCGGAAAGUUCCAAGAAGCUUUUGCGCUUAA